AUGUUUUCGUUCCCUGUGAUGCUGCAGGACACCUCGAGAGAUAGGGGGCUAGGAGGCAGCAGAGAGGAGUGGCUUGGGCCUGGCGGGAUACGUAUUGUGGUGACCGCGCAGGACGUUAUGCUGGUGGCCCUUUACGGGCUGCUGGCCCGCGAUGUGUUGAUGGGGCAAGCAUACGUCCUUCCCCGGCAAGGAGAUGUCGCGUGGCAGGAGCACAUGAUUCAGACCGUUUUCCUGGUUUUUGGUAUGGGUGCGGCCCUAGUCGUGGUCACCAUGGAUUGUCUGUGCCCUCCUGAAGGCUGGAUCGAGCCAGUUGACCCGGGGGAGUACGAAGUUCUGAAUCAGGGUUUGCCAGUCUUUGCCAAGCCAGAGAGCACGGCAGAGAUCCUCCAAUGGCUGGAAGCCGGUGACGUCAUCGAGAUCUUCGAAGUCACCACAGCAGAGAUCGCCCAGCAGAAAGAGUUUAGUGAGCCCGUCGAAACACCCGACGAGAUGGAGCAGCCAGUGAUGGGAGCUCCAGGUCAUGAGUAUGACGAUAGCGGUGACCGAGAGAUGUUUCGCAACGCGGCCCUUAUCGGCAAGGUCACGACUGGCUGGGUGGGCUUGCGGAGCAGUACGGGCGAAUUCCUUGCACAGAAAUUUCUGCAAAGGCCGGCGCGACAACAGUGA